AUGCUGGUCGCGUGCGCAGCAGCCUUCCUCCUGCUGCACCUGGCUCUGCUGCCUGGCGCCCAAGCGCAGGCCACCCCGCAGGUCUUUGAUCUUCUUCCAAACGCCAACCAGAGGCUGAACCCUAAUGUUCUGCAGCCAAUUCUGACCGACCCCACCUUGAAUGAACUCUAUGUCAUCUCUACCUUCAAGCUGCAGAGUAAAAGUUCAGCCACCAUCUUUGGCCUCUACUCUACGACUGACAACAGCAAAUAUUUUGAGUUAACCAUCAUGGGACGCUUAAACAAAGCCAUUCUCCGCUACCUUAAGAAUGAUGGGAAGAUCCACUUGAUAGUGUUCAACAACCUACAACUGGCUGAUGGCCAGCGGCAUAGGAUACUUCUGAGACUGACCAAUCUGCUGCAAGGUUCUGGCUCUGUAGAUCUUUACGUGGACUGUACUCAAGUGGACUCCAUCCACGGCCUCCCCAGAGCAUUUUCUGGCCUCUCUCAGGGUGCUGAAGCCCUAGGAUUGAGGGUUUUCCAAAGAAAGGCACAGGACUUCUUGGAAGAGCUGAAGCUGGUGGUGAGAGGCUCCCUGAUCCAGGUUGCCAGCCUGCAAGACUGCUUCCUGCAACAAAGUGAACCCUUGACUGCAACAAGCACAGGGGACUUUAAUCGCCAAUUCUUGGGGCAAAUGACACAACUAAAUCAGCUACUGGGUGAGGUGAAGGAUCUCCUAAGACAGCAGGUCAAGGAGACAUCCUUUUUGCGAAACACCGUUGCUGAAUGCCAGGCUUGUGGUCCUUUCAGCUUUCAGUCACCAACUCCAAACACCCUGGUGCCCCCAGGACCUCCCUCUCCCCCAACUCCCCAAGUACGCAGGUGUGACUCCAACCCAUGUUUCCGUGGGGUCAGAUGUACCAACACCAGAGAUGGUUUUCAGUGUGGGUCCUGCCCUGAAGGCUACACCGGAAAUGGAAUCAUUUGUUCCGAUGUUGAUGAGUGCAAGUACCAUCCCUGCUACCCAGGUGUGCGCUGUGUGAAUUUGGCUCCUGGCUUCAGAUGUGAUGCCUGCCCAGUGGGCUUCACAGGCCCAAUGGUGCAGGGUGUUGGAAUCAAUUUUGCCAAAUCAAAUAAACAGGCAUGCACUGAUAUUGAUGAGUGCCGAAAUGGAGCAUGUGUUCUUAAUUCUAUCUGCAUUAACACUUUGGGAUCUUAUCGCUGUGGGCCUUGCAAACCAGGAUACACUGGGGACCAGACCAGGGGCUGCAGGAGUGAAAGAAACUGCAGAAACCCAGAGCUGAAUCCCUGCAGUGUGAACGCACAGUGCAUCGAAGAGAGGCAUGGGGAUGUGACCUGCGUGUGUGGAAUUGGCUGGGCUGGUGAUGGUUAUGUAUGCGGGAAGGAUGUGGACAUUGACAGUUACCCUGAUGAAGAACUGCCAUGCUCUGCCAGGAAUUGCAAAAAGGACAACUGUAAGUAUGUGCCAAAUUCUGGCCAGGAGGAUGCAGAUGGAGAUGGCAUUGGAGAUGCUUGCGAUGAGGAUGCAGAUGGAGAUGGGAUCCUGAAUGAGCAGGACAACUGUGUACUGACUCACAAUGUGGACCAAAGGAACAGUGACAAAGAUAUCUUUGGGGAUGCCUGUGAUAACUGUCGCACCAUCCUCAAUAAUGACCAGAGGGACACUGAUGGGGAUGGGAAAGGCGACGCCUGUGAUGAUGACAUGGAUGGAGAUGGAAUAAAAAAUAUCCUGGACAACUGUCAAAGGGUUCCAAAUCAUGACCAACAAGACAGGGAUAGCGACGGCGUGGGAGAUGCAUGUGACAGCUGCCCUGAUGUCAGCAACCCCAACCAGUCUGAUAUAGAUAACGAUCUGGUUGGGGACUCCUGUGACACCAAUCAGGACAGUGAUGGAGAUGGCCACCAGGACAGCACAGACAACUGCCCUAACGUCAUCAACAGUGCUCAGCUGGACACAGACAAAGAUGGCAUUGGAGAUGAGUGUGAUGAUGAUGAUGACAAUGAUGGCAUCCCUGAUCUGUUGCCCCCAGGACCUGACAACUGCCGGCUGGUCCCCAACCCAAGCCAGGAAGAUAGCAACAGUGACGGAGUGGGAGACAUCUGUGAGUCUGACUUUGACCAGGACCAGGUCAUUGAUCGCAUUGACGUCUGCCCUGAGAAUGCUGAGGUCACGCUUACCGACUUCCGGGCUUACCAGACCGUGGUCCUGGACCCAGAGGGGGAUGCCCAGAUUGAUCCCAACUGGGUGGUCCUAAACCAGGGCAUGGAGAUCGUACAGACCAUGAAUAGUGAUCCCGGUUUGGCAGUAGGGUACACAGCUUUCAAUGGGGUUGACUUUGAAGGCACCUUCCAUGUGAACACCCAGACAGAUGAUGACUAUGCUGGCUUCAUCUUCGGCUACCAAGACAGCUCCAGCUUCUACGUGGUCAUGUGGAAGCAGACUGAGCAAACCUAUUGGCAAGCCACCCCAUUCCGGGCCGUUGCUGAACCUGGAAUUCAGCUGAAGGCUGUGAAGUCUAAGACAGGACCAGGGGAGCAUCUUCGAAACUCACUCUGGCACACUGGGGACACAAGUGACCAGGUCCGGCUACUGUGGAAGGAUUCCAGGAAUGUGGGCUGGAAGGACAAGGUCUCCUACCGCUGGUUCCUGCAGCACCGACCCCAAGUGGGCUACAUCCGGGUCCGAUUUUAUGAAGGUUCUGAAUUGGUGGCUGACUCUGGUGUUACCAUAGACACUACCAUGCGUGGAGGCCGACUUGGGGUUUUCUGCUUCUCCCAAGAGAACAUCAUUUGGUCCAACCUCAAAUAUCGCUGCAAUGAUACCAUUCCAGAGGACUUCCAAGAGUUCCAAACCCAGAAUUUUGAGCGUCUGUAUAAUUAA